AUGGGUUCCUCCUCGAAGGACUUCACCGUCACCAUCAUCGGUGGAGGAAUAGGCGGCCUGGUCCUGGCAGCAGGAUUACUCCGCCGAAAUGUCCCCGUACGCAUAUACGAAGCCGCGGGCGAAUUCGCAGAGAUCGGCCUAGGACUCUCGAUUGGACCUGCAGCUCAUCGCGCCAUGCCGCUGAUCGAUCCUCAGAUCCGUGAAAUUUACGACUCCCUGGUCACUACACAUGCUGAUAGUCCUGGCUAUGAGAAAUUUCGACAGACCUGGUUUGAAAUCAUUUGGGCUAGUGGGUUGAAAGAGGGGGAUCUUUUGAUGGAUUUGAAGGCUCUUCCGUCUGGUCAGACGACCUUGCGUCGGGCGAAUUUCCUCGAUGCCCUGGUUAGAUUAAUCCCGCCUGAGAUUGUGCAGUUUGGGAAACGGUUGGAGAGUCUUGUUGAAGGCGGGGAUGGUGUUCAGCUGCAGUUUGAUGAUGGGACGGUUGCGACUGCUGAUGUUGUCGUUGGUUGUGAUGGGAUCAAGUCGAAGGUGAAAGAGUCAAUGUUGCCGGAGGAAUCUCAAUAUGCCCAGCCAAAGUAUAGUGGUAUGUAUGGUUAUCGCGCCGUGUUGGAUAUGGAUGAUAUGGUAAAAGCGGUUGGGGAUCAACGUGCCAGGGUAUCAACGAUGUAUAUUGGAGACGGGGCUUAUGGCAUUUCAUACCCCAUUAUGCGUGCCCAAAAGGUGAAUGUAGGGCUUUACGUUUUGAGUGAGAAGUGGGACUGUGAUACCUGGGUUCGGCCUGCAAAGCGCGAGGAAAUGAAACGUGAUGCCGAAAGCAUGGGUCGAUAUGUGAAGUCACUCGUUGAGUACAUGCCCGAUCCCUCACAAUGGGCUAUCUUCGAGCAUCCGCAUAUUUCGACAUUCUGCCGCUCACGAGUAGCGAUCCUCGGCGACGCUGCCCAUGCUUCUACUCCACAUCAAGGCGCCGGCGCCGGGCAAGCUAUUGAAGAUGCACAUGUUCUUUCUGAGUUACUCGGAGAUAUUCGAGUUAAAUCUACGGAGCAGGUUGUGGCCGCAUUCAAGGCGUAUGAUGAGAUCAGGCGGCCCCGUAGCCAACGAGUUGUGACGAGCAGUAAAGAAAAUGCUUACAUUCUUUGUCUAUGCUUAGAUGGUGUACAUGAUGACGAGGAGAAGCUCAAAACAACGUUCCAAGAACGCUUACGUUGGCUUUGGGAUUUGGAUGUGGAGGGUCAGGCAGAGCGAGCACGAGAAAAGAUGUUGGAAUACCUUUCAGUUUAA